UAGCAUCUCUGCUAGCCCAUGGUUGGUGGAGUUGUCAGUUAUUGACAUGGAUUAAAGGGACUAUGAGUGUUAUUUUUCACAUGGCAGUGCUGUGGAAAAGUAAUUUAUCCGUCGGUUACAUGAAUGGAAUAAACCCUUGUUGUCGGCUUCAUCGGAACAGAGAAAGAAGAGAGAAGGUGAGCAGUGACCAUGGAGACUAUAUUUCACUCUCUCUUCACCACAGCUGGCCAGCUGCCUUGGUUGGUUCUGACUCUGUUUACAUUGUGGACAGUCUUGUGUUCAGCAGAUGUAAAGCAGACAAGACGGCCAUUAUAUUCCCAGAAGCCAGUUCUUCUUACAUGGAAUGCCCCAACACAGGAGUGUGCCCCGCGACAUCGUGUAACUUUAUCUCUGGACCAGUUUGACAUUGUGGCAUCGCCCAAUGAGGGCUUUGUCCGGCAGAAUCUCACUAUUUUCUAUAAGGAGCGUCUCGGGUUGUAUCCCUAUUAUGAGCGUGGUGGCAUCGCAGUGAAUGGAGGUCUUCCACAGGUUGCCAGCCUUACUCAGCACUAUGAAAAAAUGCCUGAAGGUGUGCAGAAAUACAUACGUGAGUCAGAGGCAAAAGGUUUGGCUGUGAUUGACUGGGAGGAGUGGCGCCCACUGUGGAUCCGAAAUUGGAAUAUUAAAGAUAUCUAUCGAAGUAAAUCCCGUGAAAUGGUGGCCAAAAAGAAUCCUAAGUGGACCCCAGAACAAGUGGGAAUAGUUGCACAGCAGGAAUUUGAGCUAUCAGCUCGCAAAUUUAUGCUGGAGACUCUAAAACUUGCCAAGAAUCUGAGGCCCAAUCAACUGUGGGGCUUCUACCUGUUUCCAGAUUGUUACAACCAUGACUACAGGAAUAGCCUGAAGAACUACACAGGCCGCUGCCCUGUUGUGGAGAUGGCCCGCAACGAUCAACUAAAUUGGUUGUGGAUGGAAUGUACAGCAUUCUUCCCGUCUAUAUACAUGGAUAUUGUACUGGAGUCUACAAAUUAUGGGCAUCUCUUUGUCCGAAACAGGGUGAAGGAAGCGAUGCGUCUGGCAUCUGUUGGGGACGGAUUAGCACGUCCUGUUUUUGUUUAUACCAGACCUACUUACAUUAAUAAGAUGACCCUCCUAACUGAGACAGAUCUGGUCUCCACCAUUGGUGAGAGUGUUGCACUUGGAGCUGCAGGUGUAAUCUUCUGGGGGGACACCUCCUAUGCAAGCAGCAAUACCAGCUGCUCCAUCCUAAAUGAGUAUCUUCGGGGACCGCUGGGCAGGUACCUGCUCAAUGUGUCCACGGCAGCAGAGCAGUGCAGUCAGGUGGUGUGUAAAUCCCACGGCCGCUGUCUUCGCAGAGUACCAGACAGCGAUAUGUACCUGCAUCUCAGCCCCUUAACACACAGCAUCACCAGUCAGGGUGGCCAGCUGAAGGUUACAGGAGUGCCUGGCCAAGCUGAGCUGGCUCUUUUCCGCACACAUUUCCAAUGCCAGUGCUACCAAGGGUACAGGGGUGAGGCUUGUGCUCAGAAAGAAAAAGGGCAGAAUAGAGCCUCCUCUGUCUUAGGGACCUGGCCUCUUUGCCUUUUACUCCCACUAGUACUCCUCACUCUGCUACACUGAGGAAACAGAGAAGCCCAAACUAUUCACUGCUUCUGCCAGCCCUGAAAAGGACAGUUCAAACUUUUUGACUUAAAGGUAGUAGGUUACCGUGCACUAGUAAUAGUGAUGCACUGACAGCAAAAGUCCUCAGUCCUGUCAUCAGACAUCCCCUAGUAUGACAGGACAUUUUUAUCCCAGCACACAAGCCCAUCUAAAAGGAAUAUUUUUGUCUGAAAAGCUGCACUGGGAGAUCUCCAACCUCAGGACUGCCUCCUGGAACUAAUAUCCAUCCAUUAAUAUUGCAACUGAUUGUUAACUUACAUCAAAUGAUGUCAAAAAUCAGAACUGUCUUUUAAAGGCCUUUGCCAUGCUCCAUGCUGGCCCUGACCUCCAGGUUGGAUUGUCCACACAGAGAAAUGCCUUAUGAAAUUUAGAAAGUUUUUUUAAAUUUUUUUUAUUAUUAUUGCCAGCCGCGACAGCACCUUGUGAAUCUGUGUGUGUGUGCAUCAUAAUGGCAGAGUACUUUGGCUGGUCUUAAUAUGUCUGUGGACAGAUUUUGUCAGAGAUAGAAACUAAACAUGCACAAUACAGUCAAGAAACUUUACGGAUGUGUAGUAGUGAUCUAAAUGAAGGCCGAGUUCAAACACGGGUGUGGUCUGACCCUUGAGUGGUGAGUAGUCAUGUAAUGUAGUAAUAAUUACUGACUAGUCAUUUAAUAGUGGAGUAACGACUACUGAUGGGUGGGAACAUCAACAUGGCGAUGGGUAUUGUGGCUGGAGUGAUCUCAUUGUAAGAUGGUCUCUAGUCUAUGUUUUGUUUUAUGAUGGACACAACAAUAGAACAACAUGACAUUUAAGCAAAGGUUUGGGAGUAAGGUACAUUGAUGCCGAUCGAUCAACAGUAUUAAGUUGUUGGUGCGUUACAACAAAAUGGUACUUUUAGGUAUUGUGCAUUGCCAUAUUGCUGCCUAAUAGUUUGUAUCUCUUGAUGAAUCAAGCUCUUAAGUGUUAUGAUCUAUAACCUUAUAACUAACAUAUAAAUAGAGCUAUAUGCCAGAAGUGAUCAAUUAUGGUAAAUACAGUCUUAAAUCUCUUUGGUUAUCUUUGGCUUAUAGACACUACAUGGCUGAUCCUUCUGUUUCAGUUCAGAAAUGUGCCUUAACUGGGCUACAAAGUGCUCUUUUGUUCUUCUACAGUUGGUUUUGUGUACAGGUUGUGAUUAUUGUGGAUUUUUCAGUAGUGCUCAUCUCAGCCCUCUUCUGGGCACAGUGCUUUAUGAUGCUAUUAACUCCACAAUGUCUACCAGGCUUGAAGAGAUCGGUAAAGACAAGCAGAGAAGACAAAUAUUACUAUUUGUUUGAUACAAAUGGUAUUCUCUAAUUUAUGUGGAUUUCACGAUGAAAAUAUGUCAUGUUAAAAAAAGUUAAAGUUUUGAGAAUCCAGGUAAUGUAACUUUUGCCAAAUUUUUGUUAAUGCUCUAGAAGACAGACUGGCUUGUUCCAAAUAUACUGGUAUUGAUGGUUAUUUUGGCUGAUAAGAAACAAGAAAUGUUAAAAAUAUGUUUAUUUUUACAUUAACAAAUGUCUUGGCUGCAAAUUCUUAAGUAACCAAAGUAAAGAAUUCUUUUGAAAAUGUUUGUAUUUAUGUUUUUUAAACACUAAGAUAUCUAUAUCAACCUCAGUUAUCCAGUAUUGGCUGAGUUCUAUACAUUAUAACCAGUUUUAAUUUUUUUAGCGUGUAGUUUGACUUGCUUGCAUUGCAGCUUGUGUUGGACUCCUGCCAAUGACACUGUUCAUAGCAACUACUGUAGGUACAUCUUCAGACUAGUAGAGUAAAUAUAUUUGCUAGACCAAAGGUAGCUGAGUCGUUUCAUAUUUAUAAAGUAGUCUCUGAAUUUAUUCUAUAUGGAAGUGCUCAAAAAGGUGUUUAGGUACCUAAAAUUAUUGAGGAGUGAGCAGGAGUAGGUUUUGUUAUUUUUCACUAACUGGAAAAUGAAGAGUCACAGAACCAGUAUUGCAAUAGAACAUUUUAUGUAGCUGAACUUAUGAAAUUCUGCACUUUAACCAAUUUUCUGUUCAGAUGGCUCUGGUUUUCAUGUUCUCAUGUAUAUGAGAUGAAAUUGUUAUUUUGCUGGAUUCAGACGCCUCUAAUCAUACAGUCAGUACAUUACUGUGUAUUAUGAUGUUCUUCCAUUUAAUGUGUCAUGUUAGAGAUGCGUUUACUGUGAAUCUUAUCUGAACAGAAAUGUGUGCUUCUAUGAUUGUUAAUCUUCCUUGGCUAAAAUUAUCUAAUGGUUUAUAUGACAUUAUCUGUAAACACGAUUUGUUAGAGCAAAGAGUGCUUAACUGAUUAAUCAGAUUAAACACAGUAACACUAGUUUCUGUGGUAUCAAGACAGAAGAAUGAUAUUACCCUUGUAUAAUGCUGAUGAUUUUUCCCCACAGUACUUAGGUGACAAGUUAAUACCAAGGAUUUCUCUUUACAUUUUAAUAGGAGGCUAAAAAUUUAUACAUAAAGGUAAAGGAAGAAGUGCUUUAAGGGGCCAUACUGAUGGUUUUUUUGCAUGUUUUAGCCUUUUUACUACAAGUAUGUUAGGUACAUAUUGCCAACUAUUUUUACUGGGAUAGUGUUUUCAACUUUGAAUUUGCACUAACCAUCUUCUCUUAUAUGUACUACAUAAUAAUGCAUAGAUAACCUUAAAAUAAACUUAAAUACACACCAGUCAGAAAUAAUAUAACAUCUGUAACUGAAGUAAAACAUGCAAAAACCAGUCUGGUUCUUUUAAGGCUUGUUUAAUAUAUUAGGAAUUCUUCUGAAUAUUAUUUUUGAAAGGAUGGAGCCUUACAGAAUAACAUUCAUUCUGAAAUAUUCAGCCUAAGUAUCAGUACAAAAUUGUCUAAAAAGGUUGAUGGAUAAUACUAUGUUAAAGCACCAGUUUCAUUGUGCAUAUGUUUAUGUUUAACAUGAUGUCGUCUUGUUCAUUCCACAACCUCAGAUUGAACUGUUGUACCAUUCCACCUCUCCAUUGUAGAAGUAGCCUGUUUUAGUUUUAAUAAGAAAAAUACCUUAAUUUAAAAGCCUUAUUUUGCCAAAGUGUAUUGAUGUUAUUGUUUUAAACCAAACUGGAGAAAAAUCAAUGGGUUUUGUAUUUAAAAAUAUUUCAUAUUCACCUUUUACAUCCAAGAAUUUCAAUAUUAAAAAAGAAUUUUGCAA